UCCCUCUCAGGUUGAUGUCUCGAUCAUGGCUUGUUAGAGCAAUUCCGGUGGAAAGGAGUUGGUCGGCCUUGGCAAUGUUGACAAUGUAAACAUCGAGGCUUUCGGAUCGGCCCAGCAUUGGCGCUUGCGGAUAGCGACUUCGCUUCUGUUCCAGCCAUCAUCACUUCACCAAGCAUCUCGAUUCACGCCCAACCCUCGCCUCCGCGCCCGAGUCACGAAGUGCACGCGUGCUUACUGGAGGUGGAAAAUACGAUGCUAUCGCCAAGUGCAUAAGUGCGCGCCCGCCUUCCGCAUCCACCGUCCGCCCACACCGCAGUCCCACCCUCUCCCCUUCCGCUCCUUCGCGUUCCCACACCUUCCCACCGCCAUGGACGACACGAUCUCCGACGUGUCAAGCGCGCUCUCGUCGCCGCCUUCCAGUGUACCUUCGUCGCCUCUCAGCUCAUGUGUAAGCUCGCCCGAACCGCCGGACUUCCUCCGGCUGGCAAACAUGGUGCGCGCACACAGCAAGCCGCCUUAUCCUUCUCCGCCCGCAUCGCAACAAACUUCGUUGACUGGGUCGCCUACGCCUGACGGUAUGGACAGUAAUCUCAACACAGACACCGAUGGGCCGCCGCCGAAGAAGAGGCGGCGUAUAUAUAGAGAUCCGAAAGAGCGCACCACCGAGUAUCUGGACUUGCGGUCUGGGGCGGUAUCGUUCGAGCAGCAAGAGCAUCUGGACCGUGUUCUUAAUGUGCUGCACAAGCGACAGAAGAUUGUCGUCAUCGCCGGUGCUGGCAUGUCCAAGUCGGCAGGGAUACCUGACUUCCGCUCUAAAAACGGGCUCUUCAGCAGCCUGAAGAAGGAACAUAACCUCAAAGGCUCGGGGCAACACCUCUUCGACGCGUCAGUAUACAAAGAUGACGCGUCGACCAAGCAGUUUCACCAGAUGAUCACGCAAAUGUCGCGUUUGGUGAAAGACGCGAAACCAACGCCUUUCCAUCAUAUGCUUGCCACUAUUGCCAAAGAGGAACGGCUACUUCGGCUGUACUCGCAAAACGUCGAUUGUCUUGAAACCAACAUGGAGCCGCUUCGGACGCGCAUACCGCUUACCAAAGAUGCUAACGGCAAGUGGCCACGUACGCUGCAGCUCCACGGCGGACUCGACAAAAUGGUUUGCACGAAGUGUCACGAAAUCUAUGAUUUGGACCCGGAGUUGUUCGACACGUCGGACGCGCCACUAUGCUCCGAGUGCGAGAAGGUUAACAGCAUCCGCACCUCUUUCGAGGGCAAGCGGAGUCACGGUAUCGGCCGCUUACGGCCGCGAAUGGUCUUGUACCACGAAGACGGGCCAGACAACGUUGCCAUUGGAACGGUUACGGCUGCGGACCUGAAGCGGAAGCCGGAUGCUGUGCUUGUGGUUGGCACUACGCUUAAGGUGAAGGGUUUGCAGAGAAUCGUGAUGGAGAUGUGCAAGACUGUCCGCGACCGCAAGGAUGGUGGACUCGCGAUUUGGAUCAAUCCGGAGCUACCACCGACUACUGGAGGCUUUCGAGAUUUGUUUGAUAUCAUUGUGCAGGGAACGUGCGAUGAGGUGGCGAAUCGCGCUGCUAUGCCGAGAUGGGACGAACCUGCUGUUCCUGACGACUAUAGAGAAGUCAGUGAGAGGCAGGCUGACAGCGCUGCUGCGAUGCAAGCCGAGGUGUUCAUACCAAGAUGUCAGCUGACAGAGGCCAUCGCUACGGAGCUGACAUCAAACUGGCAUCUGAACAACAGCUUCCGCCCACCAAAUAUACCCAACGCCUUCCCAGCCGAAGAAGAUCUGGAACGCCGCCGCCCACGGCCCGGAGACUGGAGUCCGAUCUCUAGCCGCGGCUCGUCCGUACUUUCCAGCAUCGAACUGUCGGCCUACGACAGUGAUAGCAUCACCGUCUCCCCCAAUGGCUUGCUCACACCUUCAAAGUCCCGGCGUACAACACCGACAAGCCCGACCAAAAGCAAACAGCCAAAGGCCCGCAAAAGCAUCGCCGAUAUGCUCAAGGACAACGGCAAGACGAAGAAAGCGGUUGUCAAGAGCGGCAAGCCUUCUAUUGCGGCGAAGACGAAGAAGAGUAGCGUGAAGUACGUCAAGAAAGCACUCUCGAAGCUCACCACCAAAGUUACCAGCGUCACCAAACUCAAGCCCCAGGCUUCCGGCAAGGUCACAAACCAUUUCACGCAAUCGAAAGCGUCGGCGGUAUCGGCCAAGGACGCCGCGGCGAAGGAUAAGCUCACGAAGCCUUUCAAGACGCCUAGCAAGACUCCGAGUAAGUUGCGUCAGGUCUCGAAUGUUUCGGCGGCGCAUGAGCCUAUGUCUCCGCUUUCGGAGCAGGACGCGAGGGUUAACAAGUCGCCCGUGAAGGUUAGGGAGGCUGUUUUCCCGGGGUUGGUGACUGCAAGGGUAGGAGCGGGUGGGAAGAGGAAACGUGGACCUGUCUGAGGCUGUGCGUUUGGCGGGUAGAGUACUUUGGUUCUGUCCUUGAUUCUGUCCUUGAGGAAGCGGUGUCCGAGCAUUGAGAAGCGUUGUUGUGACUUGGUUGGGAGUCGAGGAGAGCUAGCACGCGAUGUGGCAGUGUUGACUGGCGUUUCGCAACGCUGUUACUUGCCUUAUUAGCCAUACGACACCGCCCCAACCCGAGCCUAAGCUGUUACAGUGAGGCAACCCUGUAUCAUCACUCUCCCAG